CUGAAUGAUUGAUUUAGUGUGAAUGUUGAACAUUAUUAAAACAAAAAAAAACACCAAGAUAAUAUCAAAUUCAAAGUUUCCAAUGUCUAUGUCGAAGAUCAUUAAUGAUCAAUCACCAAAAAUGAUGUCGGCUGGACAAUAUAGUGAAACAAGUAGUGGUGAUAUGUAUCUAGAUAAUCGUUAUCUUUAUGCUCGUAAUAGUAAAGCAAUCGGUGUAUUAUGGGCAGUAUUUUCACUUUGUUUUUCCAUCAUAAAUAUGGUCGUAUUUGUACAGCCACAAUGGUUAGGCGAUACGGCUACAUCACGUGGUACCGGCUAUUUUGGUCUUUGGCGAUCAUGUCGCCUAUUACAAGAUGGACAAGAUUUAAUCUGUGAAGGACGAUUAGAUGAUUUUAGUACAAUACAGACACCUGCAUUUCGUGCGGCAACCGUAUUUGUUGGUCUUUCUGUUUGCCUUUCAUCAUUAUGCGUAUUAUCAAUGGUUUUAUUCUUUUUUCUUCAUUCAUCAACCGUAUUUCAUGUUUGUGGUUGGAUUCAACUAUCAUGCGCCAUCUCAAUGUUGGUGGGUGUAUUAAUUUUUCCUAUUGGUUGGGAUACACCGAUUGUACGUGAAGUUUGUGGCAAUGAUUCUGAUAGCUAUGCAUUAGGCCAAUGUGGUAUUCGUUGGGCAUUCAUUUUGGCAUUGAUUGGUGUUGUCGAUUCUAUUGUAUUGUCCAUAUUGGCUUUUGUACUUGGUUCACGUUAUGUUAAAUUAUUACCAGAUCAUUAUUUACCAAAUGGUACUAAAUACAAAGGCGAAGUGAAUUCUGCAUUUAUGAAUCCAGAAUAUUUACCCAAUAAAAAACUAAUUGGUAGCCUACAGAAUCAAAUGAUAAGUAAAUCAUUGCAUGGAUCACUUUCAUCAAAUGGUAUGCCACCUGGCUAUGGUCCAUUGGGACCAAUAAAUCAUUCGGCUUCUCAUCAUCAUCAUCAUCAUCAUCAUCAUAAUCAUCAUGCAAAUCAAAAUCCACAUCCACAUCCAAAUCCACAUUCACAAUCACAUCAUCAUUUAAAUGAAAUGGAACGUUAUUCUGAAUAUUCACAACGAACAAAUCGAUCUUCAUAUAAAUCAUCAACGGCAAUAACAUCAAAUCUUAAUCACCAUCAUCAUAAUCAUCAUCAUCAUCAUGUAACACCACAACAAUCACAGCAUCAAUCACAACAAUCAUUGCAUCAAUCUUUAUCUGGCCAACAACAACAACAUCAAACCACACCAACUGCUACAUCAUCCGUUUCCGGUACAACAAGUCAUCACUCAUCAUCAUCAAUGGCAAUCAAUCCGUAUAAUAAUUUUUAAUUCCACCGAAUAAACCAAACGAAUUUACAUUACAUUACAAAUAAUUUACAAUGCACAAUUAAUCAUCAAUUAAUUAUAUUAUCAUAUAAUUACAUCAUUAAACGAUUUGUCAAUUUUUCUUCAAUUAACCUAAAUAUAAAUAAAACAAUCAUACACACCCACACACACACACACACACCCAUACACAUGCAUACACAAACGAAUUAAGCUAUUAUUUAAUUUAUCUAUCUAACUAUAUCUUUUUAAAUAUAGAAUUGAUGUGAAUAAAAAUUUU